CUUCCCGGUGCCGCCGCCAUGCAGCCACCACCGGGAACUCCCCGGGUUUAAGGAUUUCGGUGUUGGAGUCUCCGUGAGCAGCGCCGCAGGACCAGCGCCAGCUGUGAGGACGGCCCGGCAGCAGGGCACCCGCGGGCCCCAUGCUCUGCUCGCCCCCGGCACCCCGCACCUGAGAGCCCCCCACGCCAGAGACCCCACCAUGGCCAGCAACAGCAGCUCCUGCCCCACGCCGGGCGGGGGGCACCUCAAUGGCUACCCCGUGCCCCCCUAUGCCUUCUUCUUCCCGCACAUGCUGGGGGGGCUCUCGCCGCCCAGCACCCUGGCCGGCAUCCAGCACCAGCUCCCCGUCAGCGGAUACAGCACCCCGUCACCUGCCACCGUCGAGACGCAGAGCACCAGCUCGGAGGAGAUCGUGCCCAGCCCCCCGUCGCCCCCACCCCUGCCCCGCAUCUACAAGCCCUGCUUCGUGUGCCAGGACAAGUCCUCGGGGUACCACUAUGGGGUCAGCGCCUGCGAGGGCUGCAAGGGCUUCUUCCGCCGCAGCAUCCAGAAGAACAUGGUGUACACGUGCCACCGGGACAAGAACUGCAUCAUCAACAAGGUGACGCGCAACCGGUGCCAGUACUGCCGGCUCCAGAAGUGCUUCGAAGUGGGGAUGUCCAAGGAGUCGGUCCGCAAUGACCGAAACAAGAAGAAGAAGGACGUGCCCAAGCCGGAGUGCUCGGAGAGCUACAUCAUCACACCUGAGGUGGAGGAGCUCAUCGAGAAGGUGCGCAAAGCCCACCAGGAGACCUUCCCCGCGCUCUGCCAGCUCGGCAAAUACACUACGAACAACAGCUCGGAGCAGCGCGUGUCCCUGGACAUCGACCUGUGGGACAAGUUCAGCGAGCUGUCCACCAAGUGCAUCAUCAAGACGGUGGAGUUCGCCAAGCAGCUCCCCGGCUUCACCACGCUCACCAUCGCCGACCAGAUCACCCUCCUCAAAGCCGCCUGCCUCGACAUCCUGAUCCUGCGGAUCUGCACGCGCUACACGCCGGAGCAGGACACCAUGACCUUCUCGGACGGGCUGACGCUGAACCGCACGCAGAUGCACAACGCGGGGUUCGGGCCCCUCACCGACCUGGUCUUCGCCUUCGCCAACCAGCUGCUGCCGCUGGAGAUGGACGACGCCGAGACCGGGCUGCUCAGUGCCAUCUGCCUCAUCUGCGGAGACCGCCAGGACCUGGAGCAGCCUGACAAGGUGGACAAACUGCAGGAGCCACUGCUGGAGGCACUGAAGAUCUACGUGAGGAAGAGGAGGCCCAACAAGCCCCACAUGUUCCCCAAGAUGCUCAUGAAGAUCACGGACCUGCGCAGCAUCAGCGCCAAGGGCGCCGAGCGGGUGAUCACGCUGAAGAUGGAGAUCCCGGGCUCGAUGCCGCCGCUCAUCCAGGAGAUGCUGGAGAACUCGGAGGGCAUGGACACGCUGGGGGGGCAGGCGGGCGGCCCCCGCGGGGGCAGCCUGGGCCCUCCCCCGGGCAGCUGCAGCCCCAGCCUUUCUCCCAGCUCCAACCGCAGCAGCCCGGCCACGCACUCGCCGUGACCCGCGCCCGGCGCGCGCCAGGACAGAGCCCGGCACGCCAGCGCGGCUGCAGCCCCCCGGGGCGGACUCCUCGGCAGCCCCCCGCCGGAGC